AUGGCUUAUACAAAAAGCCUCGCGAUCACCUCCACAUUAUUAUUCAUCAUGUGGCUGGGGAUUUUGGGAACAUCACAAGCCACAUCCCGCAGAUUCAAAGAGAAUCCAAAUUCUACUCUUUUCCUAGAAUUUGAGCGAUGGAUGGCAGCCUUCGACAAACAUUACCCGAACGACGAAGAGAAGGAGAGGCGUUUCGCAAUCUUCAAGAACAAGUUGGAGUGGGUCAAGAACUUCAACAAGCAAGGGAAUCACUCUUUUACGGGAUGGAAGUCUGGCGUGGGCUCCGCAUAUUCGGGCGGCGGCGUGGGUCUGAUGGUUUUGAGCGGCGGCAAAGUUCUGUGGAACUAUGCGGCGGUGAGAUCUGGAGGAUCCGGGCAUCCAGGCGGCUUGGGAUCUGAAGGGGUGCGCGGUGAGGCCAAGCGGUGGGUGGUGUUUGCUGGGUAG